AUGCCACUACCAAUUUAUAAACAUGUAAGUUUCUUUUGUAUAUCAAAAUGUAUGGACAAAUCACGGAAUUUUCAGCCAAACGAGGGCGAAGAGGAAAUGAAAAAAAGCUGGGUACGCCACGAGAAACUGUGUGCUCAACUCGAGGCUUGCUCCUUGGACCUGAAACAGAACGAGGCACAGAUGACAAUUUUGACGGCUACCGGUGGAGAGUUGAAGGAAAAGCACAAGAAGAUUCGAGGGCUUUUGGAUGAAGCAAAGGCAAAUGGUCAACAAAAAGAACUUGAAGAGUUGUCAAAGGAAAUUGAAAACGUGGAAACACAGACCAGGAUUUGGCUCAAUGAGCUUCACGAUGUACACGAUAAGCGAGUUGAUAUUGAUUGCCAAAUGAUUCGAUUAGGAUCUGAAGUGAAGAAAAACGAGACCUAUGUUCAAUUGGCGUGCAUUGAUAUCGAAAGAAUGGAGCUUCGUCAUGAAAUCAGAUGGAAGAAAUUCCUGCAAAACAAUCCGUGCAAGUAAUAUCUACUGCAGCAAUCCUUCUUCAUGACCAUUCGAGGCAUUCCACGUCUUCUCAACUUAUCCUCGUUCCAAAAAUCAAAGUCCUUUGUUCUGUGUUCUUCGAAUAAUUGGAUAACAUAGUUGAUUAUAAUGUUUUUUUAAAAUUAAACCUAGAUCAAUGUUUAAAAAAUAUUCAAAUCAACUCAACAUAUUCCAAUUCUGUAACUAGUAUCCCCGUGCUUAAACUCUUCCACCACCGCGUCCUGUAAAAGUAGCUGGUUUCCCAUUCCGUUGUUUCAAUAGUGAUAUAGUGUUGGCCACUUCCUUUUUUAUCCACUUUUCCUGUUUUAGGCCAGAAAUCUACGAGAUCUUCUCUUUCUUUUUUAUUUUUUUUGUUUGUUUUUUCUUCAUUCAAUUAAACUUAAUCCCAUUUUUCCCUGUCCCUGUCUUUCAUUAAAAUAUAUACAUGGCUUGAGGUUUGUUUCCAAUUUUUGUCAUCUCUUCUCGGCUCAUACUUUCUUAUGUUUCAGAAGACCCAGACAUCUUUCAGUCUCCCCGUUUUGUUUCUUUUUUUAUUUUCAAAAAUCCUCACAGCAAAUUUUCUUUCUCAUAUUUUUAAUUUCUUUUUCAUUCUCUUCUAAAAUAUUACUCAAAAUCAGUCAAUAAAUGUUCAGUUGGUU